UUUCAUUUGAGAUGUCCUUCAUGUUGAGGAUUUAUUCCUUGCUCAACUUUACAAGUUCAACAACAGAAUGUCUUUUGCUGCUUAUAUAAUAAACGCCAAACUAAGUUAGAUAGUCCUUUUACCGUUACACUUUAACAUCUCUACUUAUAGGAUGAACGGCCAAACUUAAUUAGAUAGUCCAUUUUCCGUUAAACUUUAGCAGUUUAUCAAUAGGCAAACAUUUCAAUUAACAUCGUUCUUCACCGGCCUCUUCGCUCGCAUACACCUUUUCAAUAUACCUCAGUGGUUAUCAAACCGCCUUGUCCGCACAUGAAGAUUGUUACAUUUUAUUUCAAGAGAAAGAAUUGGACCUGUUUCAACCAUCUUUCCAUCAUUGUCUGCACGCUAGAGUGAAAAGAAACUACCUUGGGGAAAUGGCGUAGGUUCACUGCUAUUCAACCUUAUUUGGAUGUGCUGCUAAUGAACAAUUUGAGGAUUUGAAAAGAUGGGCUUCUAAUUGCUACGUAUUUAUGAACAAAAAAACAUGAUUCACGCCUACAAAGUGUUCGGCAUUACGAAACAAUUGUCGCCACUCACCUCACAUUUUACAGAGUAUUCAGUAUCAUUAUGGUUGUUAUGAUUCGAGGAUUGAUUCUCUAUGCAUUGGGCACAAUUCGCACGAAGUGCGUACACUGCUAGUUAAAAUAAUAAUUCAAAUUACGUUCCAACUCGGCUCAAGCCUGCCACAUGGGCUUCCCGCUCUGAUUCGGACCACAACCGUGUCGCCGCCGUCAGGCUUCACAUUUUCAUAUUCUGGACGGUCGACUGAAGUAUUCAUUCAAAGCAAUGAACCCAAUUCAAAGACUUUGUUUCGCUAUUUUCAGAAAACCUCUGCUAAACCCGGCUGCCUCUACUUGUGCGGCUGUCCGCCGUCUCUCCAGAAAGACCGGUGACGACGAGUGGAACGUCGCGUGGGAAACCGCAUGGCUGCCGGAGGAUCUAUCGGGGAAGAAUCGAGCUCCUUGGGAGACUGACGUUAACUUCUCUCUUCCGGAUGACACCUCGAACUCUUCUCAUACUCCUCUUCCGUCGGAAGUUGACGGAGAAACCAGGGCAUUCGUGGAGGAGAUGAACGACAAUUGGGAUCAAAGAAAGGGGAAAAGUCCGAAAAAAAACUCAGACGGUGAUGAUAUUGCCAAGAAAAAUGAAAAUGAGAGGUCUAUUUAUAGUUUAGAGAAUAUGAGGAAGGAUUAUAGGGUCAAGAAACAGAGAAUACAUGCAGGAUUGUGGGUGAAGGAGAUUGAGAAGAUGGAGGAAGCGAAGCUUGGAGAUGGCGGCAAUGCUGAUGAUAUCGAAAAGUUGCUGGAUAGCGCCUCCGAGAUUUUUGACUCUGCAAAUGAUGACUUCAAAAACAAUUUACACGUUUCAAGUUCUGAUAUAAAAGACAAGCCGGAUGGAUGGGAAACAACAUCAAAGAGUGUAGAUGGGAACAUCUGGGACAUGUCACAAAGAGAAGAAGAUCUUUUGCUUCAAGAGUUUGAGCGUCGAAUUGCAUUCAACAAGUUCCAGAUAGGGAGCUUUCUAAAGACACACAUAUUCAGUAGAAGGAGACCAAUAGAUGGGUGGAAGUACAUGAUAGAGGAGAUAGGACCAAAUGCAAGGAAAGGAGGGAAAGGAAGUGUUACCAGGUUACCCACUUUAGCUGAUGCAUCCACUCAGCCCUUUCAUCAAGAGGGCACACCAACUCCACAUCAUGCUCAAAGAAGAACAAGGACAGGAGGCAAGUAGCUCUUCUUCCAGAUCGGUCUCAUGUGGUGGGGGUUGUCUCUACAACAUCACAUUGUAUCCAAUCUCUACAUCGUCCAUCUGUGUGUAACAUAUUACAUUUGACUACUUGUGAUCAUAUAUUUAUUUGAUAUUUAUUUGAUAUUUUCUCUUUUUUUAUGUAGGGCUGGGGUUGCCUUUAAUUUGAAAUAGUGCAUGUAGUGUUUCAUCUUUUAUGAUC